AUGUUGAUGUUACUGUUUUGUGUUUGCCUUGUUGGAUACUCGGUAUCCACGCCAACUAUAAAAGACACUAGGAUAGUCGGUGGUGAAGAUGUCGACAUAACGGAGGUGCCUUAUCAAGUCUCGUUGAUGUUCCGAGGGCGGCACACGUGUGGAGGCGCUAUUAUUGCCAACGAUCUUGUUAUAACCGCCGCGCACUGUUUGGUGGGUUCGCUCCCAAGUAAUCUUCAAAUCCGUGUGGGUUCCUCGUCAAGCCGAACUGGUGGUGAAAUUUACCCAGUCGGUGACUAUUUGUACCACUCCAACUUCACGUACAGCAGAAUGGACUGCGACAUUGGUGUGAUAUGGCUCUCCAGGCCCCUGGAGUUCAAUGAACGCGUGGCUCCUAUAGAUUUGUAUGAACAAGAUGAUGAAAUAGAUGACGGUGAUGAGACUAUUGUUACUGGGUGGGGUAAUUUGAGGGAAGGCGGUGGCUCUCCACAAACUCUCCAGAUUGUUUCCGUACCAACAGUGAGCGAGAGUAUGUGCAGAAAAGCGUAUUCACCAUUGUACAGAAUCACCAAGUCGAUGCUCUGUGCUGGUCUACCUGAAGGUGGAAAGGAUGCUUGCCAGGGUGACAGUGGUGGACCUCUCGUACAUGAUGGGAAAUUAGCUGGUGUUGUCUCCUGGGGUUUGGGAUGUGCAAGACCCAAUUACCCAGGUGUGUACGCCAAGGUAUCCGCAUUGAGGGACUGGAUCGACGAGCAGAUCACAUAUUUGAGACUGAAACAUAUAUUUAGACAUUUGUAA